AUGUCUUCUUCAGACUCAAGUUACAACCGUCCUAUUCUCCCCGCUCCCACACGUUCAGAACCUCAAAUGCACAUUUCUCAUACUCUACUACCUCGUCCAUCCCGAAUUGGUGUCUCAGUCGCCUGCGAGUCUUGUAGGAGACGCAAAACUCGAUGUAGCGGGCAACGACCACGAUGCGAAAAAUGCGACACAAAUGGAACAGCAUGUACCUACGCCUUGCCUUUAAAGGACCAAGAGCUACGACAGCAGAUCAGAACCUUGAAAACACAACAAGAAGUUAACGGAAAGCUCAUAGAGCUCCUACGAUCAAGAAAUGCUGGUGAAGCGAGCCUUAUACUCAAUUUGCUCCGGCAGAAUACUAGUGUUCAAGGCAUCCUACGCCAGAUCGAGCUCGGGGACAUGCUGUGUAACUUGUCUCACCAAGCUGAUCACGGCUGUUCUUAG